AUGGAAAAUUUUUUUACAAAAAGAGUCAAAGAUGUAUUUGCAUUGAUUAAGUCAGGAAAUAACAAAGAAAUCAAUUUAAAAAAAAACGAAAGUAUGAAUAAUGACAAAAGUAAGGAUACGAAUUUAACUGAAAUAUCACUAUGUGAAAAAAAAGAAGAAAUCAAUAAUAAUACAAUUAUUAGCUCUAAAAUUGAAUUUGAAAAUACAAAAAAAAAAGAUAAUGCCUUAGACGAAAAUAAAGAAGAUCAAAAUUUACAUAAAAAAAGAAAAUUAACAAAAUUGCAUUAUAAAGAAAAUCCAAAUUGUAUCGAUAAUUAUAUAGAUAUAAAAAGAGCUAAUAAUGAUAAUAUUAAUCAUGUUAUAAAUUCAACGAUUUUAAAAAGUUCACUAAAAACUGAAUCUACAUCUAUAGACAACGAUGUAAUAACCCAUAAAUCUGCAACCGUCUCGCCUACUAUGGGCACAUCUAAUAUAUGCAAAUUUUUAGUAAUUAAAAAAAAUAAUACUGAAAAUAUAGAUAACAAUAAAAUUGGAAAUGUGAAUAAUACUAUUGAUAACAAAACAGAAAUAACAAAAAAUAACAAACUUAAUAAUUCAGAAGAAAAUGAUGAUGUGGAAAUAAUAAGCAUUAUACCUAAUACAUGCGAAAUGGAAAAUGAAAAAAAAAAAAUAAAUAAAAUAAACUAUAUUGAUAAAAGUUCAGACGAAAAAGAAAAUACAUCAAAAAAACAAAAAACUAAUGAUACAAUAAAUAAUGAAAAAGACAAUGAUAAUAUAAUAAAAAAUCAUAUAAAUAAUAAAAAAGUAAAUAGAAUUGAUGAAAUGUUUAAAAAUUUAAUUAUGGAACAAAAUGAAAAAAAAAAAAAAAUAACUCAAGCACAAAAUAAUGUUCAAACAGAAUCUGACAAUAAUAAUGAUCAAACAUUAUCACCAAAUGAUAAUAAAAUUAUUAAUAUCUUUGAAGAAAAACAAAAAAAGCAUGAUGAUGUAAAUAAUACUAUUUCAGAUAACAUAAAUUAUUCUCAUGUUACUAAUAUCGAAAUAAAUCAAACAAUUGAAAAUUUCGAAAAACAAAUAAAUGAACAAAUUGAUGAACAUAAAAUCAUAAAUAUUUUAGAAAACAAUGAAAAUUCUUAUAUUCAGACAGAAAACAAAAGCAAUCAAAUGGGUGUUCAUAAUUGUAUAAAUAUUUCGUCUCCUAUUAAGGAGGAAAAUACUACAAUAUGUGUUUCAGUGAUCCAGAAUGGGGAAAAUAAGAAAAAUGAAAAAGAUGACGAAAAUCAAAGGGAAAUUAUAAAUAUGUAUAAUAAUAUAAAAGAAAACGAAAAUAAUGAUGCUGAUAUUAUAAAUUUAUCCAAAGAAAUAAGUAAAGAAUAUUUUGAAAAUAAUUCUGAAGAAAGUAACAUAAAAAAAGUUGAAAAUAUGAUAAACACCUCAAGUUUAAAUUUUCCUGAUUUUGCAAUAGAUCAAAGUACGAAGCUAAUUAAUGAAACAAACAAAUUUUUUAACAUGUAUAACUUGACCCUUAAAAUUGAACAUUUACCAAUAAAUUUAUCCAGUGAUAUGAAAAUAUUAAUUGAAAAAAAAAAAUAUAUAAAUACCUUAAUUAAUGAAUAUAAAGAUGAAUUAAAGCAGAGGCAAAAUUAUGAAAGGCAACAAAAUUUUGAUAAAAUUGAAGCAAAUAAAGAAAAAAAUGAGUAUGCAAAUUCAAGCGACGUAAUAAAUGAACAAAAGCUGUUAUUUUCAGAGCCAUGCAAUGAAAAUAACAAUAUAAAUGAAAACAAUUUAGACACAAAACAAUGUGAAAUUAUCGCUGACAACAAUGAGACACAUACCAUAAAAGAUGGAGAAAAUUUAGAAAAUAAUAAUUCAACUGUUAAUAAACCGAAUAAAACUAAUGUAAAUAACAAUAAUAAUGAUGCGAAAAAAAAAAAAAUUGAAAAAAAAAAACAAAAAAAAACAUCAAACAAAACAGAAAAAAAUUAUAAUUAUGAUGAUUUGUCAUAUUUAAAUGAUACAGACAAAGAGCGUGUUGAAAAGGAGCAUCAAAAUUUUCUAAAUAUAUUAGAGGAAAUUAUAAAAAAUAAAAUAAAUGACCAAAAUGAAGAUAAUAAUAAAUCAGAAUUGGGAAACACUUUCAAUCAUAUUAACGAAGAUAAUAAUACAAAUUUCGAAAAUAAAGAAAAAUAUAUAAAAGAUUUGAUCAAAGAACUAAUCUGUAACAAUGAUGAAAAAGAAAAUUAUAUGAAAUGGAAACAAAUAGAAAAUGAAGGAUUACGAUUUGAAAAAUUAAAAGAGUUAAUUAUAGAUAUGAAAAUAAAAGAAAAAAAAAUAGAUGUAAUUUUAUCUAGUAAUUCAAAUGUUUUUAAAUAUUUCAAUCUAUAUAGACAACGUUAUUUUUUACAUGAAAAAAUGUUAAUUAAUUGGAAUUAUGUUGAAAAUUCGAUAAAUAAAAAAAAUGAUAUUAGAAAUCGAAAUCUACCAUUUCAAUUGUUAGAGUUAGAUAACGCCUUAUUAGAAAAUGUACAAAAUUGUUAUGAUGAUAUAUUAUCAGAUAAUUUCUCGGGUAUUAUGUUAACAUUAAAUACUAAAUCAUUUGAAACAAAUGUUGAUGAUAAUUCUAUUUAUUUAUCCAAAAUAAUUUGUGGAUGUUUAAUUGAAUAUAUAGAUCAAUUAGAGUUAAAUAUUAAAUGUAUAUGGGCACAUCCUUUGCUUAAUGCAAAAUCUACAUAUUCUAUUUUAUCUGCAUUUUUACCCCGUGUUAUUUUAGAAGCAUUCCUUAAUAACCUUACAUCAGCUACUACUUUGGAUAAAGCUUCUAGCAUAUUGAACAAUGAAAAUCAUAAAAUUGAGAAAACAGAAAUGAUAAACAAUAAAAAUAAUAUUGAAGAAAAUAUGAAUAUGAUAGAAGAAAGAAAAGAAAAAAAAAAAAAUAGCUUUUACAACAGAUUGAACAAACUCAAAGAUUCCAAAAAUCAAAAUUAUAAAAAUGAUUCCACCGAUACAAAUGAUUAUAUAACUAAUGAACACACUCAGUAUUUGAAAAAAUUUGCUUUAUAUGAAUAUCCAGCAAUGUAUUAUUUAAACUUUAACAAAAACUGCGCAUUAAUGAUUAAUGAUUUUUCAGAUAACAAUAAAACCCCUAAUGAUCAAUCUGAACAAAAAUGCAUAAAAACCCAACAAAAUAACAAUUAUUCUUAUCCAACAUAUAAUGAAAACAACGAAAUAAUUGAUAAAAAAAAUUAUGAUAAAUUCUUAUACAUAAUAUUUAGCGAUAUAGAUAUAUUUCCCAGGCAAUGUUAUUUAUUAUUUUGUUCAUACAAGUACAUGUGUCUAAAUAUGCAUUAUGAGACUGACACUUGUUAUAUUCACUCUGAUUUAAAUUUAAAAAAUAUACAAAAAGAAAAUAUAGGAAAAAAUACUUACCUUUCAAAUAUUUGCCCAUGUUCGGAGACCAAAGAGGAUCUAUCAAACUUAGAGGACGCGGGUGAGCGCAUUAUAGGAUGCACCGAAUUGUACAUGUAUUUUAUGCUCCCAAAAAAAGAAGAGAGAGAGGGACUUGGUUUGCUAAAAAGAAAUGGAUGGAGAGAUUUAAUUCCAAAUACAUUUGAAGAUGAUAUUAAUGAAAAUAUUUCAAAUCUUUUAAAAAUAAGAACAAAUAUAACAAAUUUAUAUAAUCACAUUAAUAUACAAAAUAAAAUGUAUGAAAAAACUUAUACAACAACAUAUAUAAAUAAAUACGAAUGGUGUGGCCUCAAAAUGAAAGAUAUACGAAAUGCAAUGAAUGAAGACUUUAAUUAUGAAUCUCCAAAAAAAAAUAACUCAUCGAUAUAA